UGCGUCAUCACUAAUGGCCGGGUCGAACGUUACGUGUGAAGGCUGCGACUGACUGCCCGACUUUGGUUGAGGUUGAGCCGCUUUUGCCGGUGGUGGUGGUAGUAAUUGGUUUCGUCUCCAGCUUGGUGUCGAAGCUCCGGGGCUGCCCAUGAACGGCACCAUGGCCGCGUCCUCACACCGGAUAAUGCUGGGGCCGCUGGUUGCUGCCAUUGACCAGGGAACGAGCUCCACUCGGUUUCUGGUGUUUAAUUCAACAACAGCAGAGCUCCUCAGUCAUCAUCAGGUGGAAAUCAAACAGAGCUUCCCCAAAGAAGGAUGGGUGGAGGAGGACCCCAAAGAAAUUCUUCAGUCGGUGUACGAGUGCAUGGAGCGGACGUGUGAAAAACUCACCCAGCUCAACAUAGACAUCUCAAAUAUUAAAGCUAUUGGAGUAACCAACCAAAGAGAGACCACGCUUGUCUGGGACAAAGAGACAGGGGAGCCCCUCUAUAAUGCCAUUGUUUGGCUGGACCUGCGGACUCAAUCAACAGUUGAACGUCUCAUUAACAAAACCCCAGGAAGGAAUAAGAACCACUUGAAGCAUAAAACAGGGCUCCCCAUCAGCACUUACUUCAGCGCAGUCAAACUUCGCUGGCUGAUGGACAAUGUGAACGAGGUCCAUGAAGCCAUCGUGUCUCACCGCGCCAUGUUCGGCACCAUCGAUUCCUGGCUCAUUUGGUGUUUGACAGGGGGUAAGUCGGGUGGAGUCCACUGCACAGAUGUGACCAACGCCAGCAGAACCAUGCUGUUUAACAUUCACACUAUGGACUGGGACCCGGAGCUUUGCAAAUAUUUCGGUAUUCCCAUGGAGAUCUUACCCAGAGUGAGGAGUUCUUCAGAAAUAUAUGGUCUCAUGAAAAUAUGUUCUAGUCGGAAAUCUGGAGCUCUUUCAGGUAUUCCUAUUUCUGGGUGUCUUGGGGAUCAGUCAGCAGCCCUGGUUGGACAGAUGUGUUUUCAGGACGGACAAGCUAAAAACACGUAUGGUACUGGCUGCUUUCUCCUGCGAAACACUGGAGCCAAGCCUGUAAUGUCUGACCACGGCCUUCUGACCACUGUGGCAUACAAACUUGGUCGGGACAAACCUGCCUGUUACGCACUAGAGGGCUCUGUAGCCAUUGCAGGAGCUGUGGUUCGUUGGCUGCAGGACAAUCUGGGGAUCAUCGGAUCAUCUGAAGAGCUCGAGAAGUUGGCUGCAUCAGUCGGUACAUCCUACGGUUGCUACUUCGUUCCUGCGUUCUCAGGUCUUUAUGCACCGUACUGGGAGCCUAGUGCAAGAGGGAUCAUUUGUGGGUUAACUCAGUUUACUAAUAAGAGUCACCUCGCAUUUGCUGCACUGGAAGCUGUCUGUUUCCAGACUCGAGAGAUACUGGACGCCAUGAAUCAGGACAGCGGCAUCCCGCUGACUCAGCUCCAGGUGGACGGAGGAAUGACGUCCAACAGGCUGCUGAUGCAGCUUCAGGCCGAUAUUCUCUGUAUUCCUGUUGUGAAGCCGUCCAUGCCUGAGACCACAGCGCUCGGAGCAGCGAUGGCAGCUGGAGCAGCAGAAGGCGUGAGUGUGUGGAGUCUGAGCCCCGAGGACCUGAGUGAAGUCACGUCAGAGAAGUUUGAGCCUCAGAUCAACCCUGAGGAGAGCGAGUUUCGGUACGCACGAUGGAAGAAGGCUGUUCAGAAAUCCAUGAACUGGGAGACGACAGAGCCUGUUGGUAAUGGAAACGGUGAAACUAGUAUCUUCAGCAGCGUCCCCCUGGGCUUUUACAUCAUGGGCAGCAUGCUGAUGUUAAUUGGUGCAAAAUACAUCGCAGGCCACAACUAGGCCGAGACUCUGGGAGGCAUUAAAGUAAAGAGGGAAAGUGGAAAAAAAAAUUGCUGUUCACGCUGGACCACCACUUGUACUCUCAGUUGCACUGUUUUUCUAAAAGACAUUCCAGAAGAAGGACGCUCCUGUUAAAUUUUACCACCGACUGGAAAACUGGGACAAAUUUAAACUGACAAACUGGACUUUUCUGUUUUUGUUCUUAGUCUUCUCAUUGUUUUUUUUUUUUAAUUCAGACUAUUUUUGUUUGGGGCAGACAAGAACAUAUUAUCAUUAUUUGACUUGAAUUUUAGCAGGAGUGUGCAUGCAGUAUUUCUUGUUGAUACGGUAUGAAUCCUGACCUUGUUUAUCUAGGAACUGUACUGAUGAUAGUUCAGAUUGUUGUAAUCUUUCCACAGCAGUGUCAAGUGAAGUUCACUGUCAAAUUUGCAUUGCCUGUUAUAAUUCACCAUGUCACUGUUAACGACCUUCCAACAGUCAUCUCGUGAUGUUUUGUUGUUCCAGACCCCCCACUAUGAGCUACAGAGGAAUUUUUAGAGCACUUUAUAUUAUUUGUUUUGUCUUGUUGGAGCUGUGUACUAACAAGGGUCUAUGUGUAUAUAUUUUCUAACAGAUUAAGGCACAGAAAGUUUGAAAACAAAAGGAAGGAAUGGGAAUUAAUGAACUGACAAGUUUGCUUAUUAGCGAAAGUGAUGCUCUUUUACAUACUUGAAUGUGUGAAUAUAUGUUUUGUGUUGUGGGCAAACAUGCGAUGAAGGGCAAUGAUGAGGAAUUGGCAGACAAUUUUGGAUUUCUGUGUUCAAAUAAGGCAUUUUAGGAGUAAAUAGGUAUAUUUCUAUGAAUUUGACAGAAGCCAGAAAACUAAUAACAUCCUUAAAGGAUGAAAACUUUAUCAGCUUGACAAAUUAUGGCAAAUAGCAUUACCCUCCACAUAACUCAUAGCACUGUUCCAUGAUAAUUUUAUUUUUUUCUAUAAUUCAUCGGGGAAAACAACACAUUUCUGUCAUUCUAGCUGCCUAGUCACAUUUCUAUUAGCCUAAAUUGCUUCAAAAAAGUGAAAUUAACUUCCACGUCAUGCAAAACAUGUGACAUUAUGCAAAACCUUGCGUUGAACAACUCAAAUGUAAAUGUUUGAUAUGCAUCCUUGAAGAUAACUCUGGAUUAAGCAGCGUUAUUGCACUAAAAUGUUGAGUUUUUUUUUUUUCUGAGUAAGUUAUUUAAAUUAAUACUUAAUUCAAAGGGAGCUUUAUGAAACCAGAGGAGCACAAACUCUUAAAUUAAUUUCCUUUGUGGUUUAGUCAAGGUUUGAAGAGUUAACCUUGAGGAAGUAAAGAAGAGUCAACGAAUGUCAGUAUUUAUUGUAUUGCCCAACAUUUGUCAUGUUUGUCUACUGUGUGGAUCAGAAAUUGAAAGCAAGCCACUGCUUCUGUUUGAUUGAGACAGAACAGGUGUUUUGUUGAAGACAUGGUUUAAUGUUGCUCUGGAUAGUUAAGCAGUUAUUUAUUAAACUGUACAGCCAGUGGAAGGUAUGAAAUUGCUCAUUGCAAAGGAUUGAAGUGCUCUAUUGGGUUAAAAACACAAUUAACAGAUAUUUGUUCAUGGAUUUAAUUUAUUGUAAAUGUCUUCCCAACUAAAGAAGGUUUAAUUGGAGUGUUUAAAAAUAAAACAAGUGAAAUAGAAUUAAAAUGACUGCAAACAUGAAAGCAGUGUACAAUCCUAUUCAGGUUUUUAACUUAUUAAAGGGACAUUUAAGCUCUAUUCUGAUGUGCCAGAUAUGACGACCUCGUACAAUUUGUGGCUGAUUUAUGAAUAGAAGGAACUAAUGUACAACAGGCAUUGCUUAGUUGGUGAAGUAAUAGGUUUAAAAUGAGGAAACUGCAUGUUGUCAGUGUUAAUGUAUGUGAACAAGUUUUUGGGGAGAAUAAAUGUCCUAAAAAAAUUUAA